AUGGCUUCGCGAUUUCGUGCAACAAACAACGGAGGAGUUCUUUCACCCGCUCUAUUCAACUUUGACCAUCUGGAGCCAAACGUCCAGUCCCAUUUGAAAAAUGUUUACGGCACUUUGUCAGUGGGAAUGCUGUCCGCAGCUCUGGGAGCUUAUGUCCAUUUUUGGACCGGUCUAGGACAGUGGUAUCUGAUGACCACACUGGCAGCCAUUGGACUUCUGUUUUGGCUCAUCUCUGUGAAACAUGAAAGGAAGAAUCUUGGCCAGAGGAUGGGGAUUUACACCGGAUUCACUCUCUUGUCAGGAGUGUCUCUGGGUCCCCUCCUUCAGCUUGUGAUCUUGAUUGAUCCAAGCAUCAUCGUGACAGCGCUGGCGGGCACUGCUUUAAUCUUCAUCAGCUUCACCAUGUCUGCUCUACUGACCCGUAGCAGGACUUUCCUCUACAUGGGAGGUUUCCUGAUGUCCAGUCUUAUGUACUUGAUGAUAUUCUCAUUAAUCAGCAGGCUGACGGGCUCCCGUUUGGGGUUUGAUAUUGUGAAUUUUGCAAGCCUUGGAAUUUUCUCUGCGUUUGUCCUGUAUGACACACAGCUUAUUGUUGAAAAGAAGCGCAGGGGAGAUGAUGACUUCAUCUGGCAUGCCGUCAGCCUUUUCAUCGAUGCCAUCGACAUCUUCAGAUCUCUGAUGAUCAUUUUGGCUAAUAAAGAGGCAGGGAAACGGAGAAGAAGAGAUGAUUAA